UGACUUUCCUAGUACAAAUUGAGAGAUGAUUUUAUGUUUAUAUAAAGAACGAACCCUAAAUGGUUUUUUUUUUUUUUUUGUUCUACAAAUUUACCAGCCCAAGAAUUGACAUGCAUUUGACUCUAAAGAUCAAAGCUUUAACAAGAGAAGAUUCAAUUGUUCAUUGAUUCAGAAACAGAGAUUGGGUGAAAUUGUCCAUUUAAAAAGAAAAAGAAUCUUGGGCUUUUGAGGCUGGUGUAAAAAUGAUGUCAAGAUCGUAUACCAAUCUUUUAGAUUUAGCUACUGGGAAUUUUCCGGCAAUCGGUCGAGAACGGAAGCGGCUUCCGAGGGUAAUGACGGUUCCGGGCAAUGUGUAUGAACUUGAUGAUGAUCAGGCUAAUAGUGUGUCGUCUGAUAACCCCUCUUCAGUUGCUCAAGAUCGGUUGAUUAUAGUGGCAAACCAGUUGCCUGUGAAAGCUAACCGAAGAGCAGAUGAUAGAGGCUGGGUUUUUAGUUGGAAUGAAGACUCAUUGCUUCUGCAACUUAAGGAGGGUUUGCCAGAAGACAUGGAAGUUCUGUAUGUUGGGUCAUUGAGGGUUGAUGUUGACUUGGAGGAACAAGAGGAAGUAUCCCAGAUUCUGUUGGAGACAUUCAAAUGUGUCCCUACUUUUCUGCCUCAUGAUGUUUUAGAGAAAUUCUAUCAUGGAUUCUGCAAGAAGUUGUUAUGGCCGCUUUUCCAUUACAUGUUGCCAUUUUCAGCUGAUCAUGGAGGUCGGUUUGAUCGGUCUAUGUGGGAAGCAUAUGUGUUGGCAAAUAAGUUAUUCUCACAAAAGGUUAUUGAGGUGAUAAACCCAGAUGAUGAUUAUGUUUGGAUUCAUGAUUACCAUUUGAUGGUAUUGCCAACUUUCUUGAGGAGGCACUUUAACCAGUUAAGAAUGGGUUUUUUUCUUCAUAGUCCAUUUCCAUCUUCAGAGAUCUACAGGACUCUUCCUGUCAGAGAAGAAAUUCUUAAGGCUUUGCUUAACUCAGACCUUAUUGGUUUCCACACAUUUGAUUAUGCUCGGCAUUUCCUUUCUUGUUGCAGUCGGAUGUUGGGUUUGGAGUAUCAGUCAAAGAGGGGCUAUAUAGGGUUGGAAUAUUAUGGAAGGACUGUGGGGAUCAAGAUUAUGCCUGUUGGGAUUCAUAUGGGCCGGAUUGCUUCAGUGAUGAAGCUUGCAGACAAGCAGAAGAAGGUAGGAGAGCUCAAGCAGCAGUUUGAAGGGAAAACGGUGUUGCUUGGUGUUGAUGAUAUGGACAUUUUUAAAGGUAUUAAUUUGAAGCUAUUGGCAAUGGAACAGUUGCUUCAGCAACACUCAAAGUGGCAAGGAAAGGCCGUGUUGGUUCAGAUUGCAAACCCUGCAAGAGGUAAAGGAGCAGAUUUAGAGGAAAUACAAGCUGAAAUAAGGGAAAGCUGCAGAAGAAUCAAUGAAGAAUUUGGGGAGCCCGGGUAUGAACCAAUAGUUUUUGUUGACAGACCAGUUUCAAUCAGUGAGAGAAUUGCCUAUUACAGUAUUGCUGCGUGUGUUGUUGUCACGGCUGUCAGGGAUGGGAUGAACCUUACUCCGUAUGAAUACAUUGUUUGUAGACAAGGAACAGAUGAUUCUGAAUCAAGUUCGGAUUUGAGUGGGCCCAAGAAGAGCAUGCUAGUGCUAUCAGAAUUUAUUGGAUGCUCUCCUUCACUUAGUGGGGCUAUCCGUGUGAAUCCAUGGAAUGUCGAAGCAACUGCUGAGGCAAUGAAUGAAGCUAUUUCAAUGUCUCAAUCAGAGCAACUCCUGCGACAUGAGAAGCAUUUUCGGUAUGUUAGCACCCAUGAUGUGGCUUAUUGGUCACGAAGCUUCUUGCAAGAUAUGGAGAGAACCUGCUCAGAGCACUUUAGGAGAAGAUGCUGGGGAAUUGGUUUAAGUUUUGGGUUCAGAGUUGUAGCACUUGAUCCUAAUUUUAGAAAGCUUUCAAUGGAGGCUAUUGUUUCGGCCUACUGUAGGGCUAAGAGUAGGGCCAUACUGUUGGACUAUGAUGGCACUGUGAUGCCCCAAAAUUCCAUCAACAAGGCUCCAAGUCAGGAGGUUAUUUCAAUUCUAAACACACUUUGCUGGGACAAGAAAAAUACAGUUUUUAUUGUCAGUGGAAGAGGAAGGGAUAACUUAAGCCAGUGGUUUUCCCCCUGCAGGAAGCUUGGACUUGCAGCAGAACAUGGUUACUUCUUAAGGUGGUCACAAGAUAAAGAAUGGGAAACCUGUGGUCAGAGUUCUGAUUUUGGGUGGAAGCAAAUUGCUGAACCUGUGAUGAAGUUGUACACUGAGACUACUGAUGGGUCUUCCAUUGAAAGUAAAGAGAGUGCUCUGGUUUGGCAAUAUGGGGAUGCGGACCCAGGCUUUGGAUCCUCUCAGGCAAAGGAAAUGUUGGAUCAUCUAGAGAGUGUAUUAGCAAAUGAACCUGUUGCUGUCAAAAGUGGUCAUUUUAUUGUAGAAGUUAAGCCUCAGGGAGUUAGCAAAGGCCUAGCUGCAGAAAAGAUCUUCACCACAAUGACUGAAAAUGGAAAACAAGCUGAUUUUUUGCUUUGUAUUGGAGAUGACAGAUCUGAUGAGGACAUGUUUGAAAUAAUUGGUAGUGCAAUGUCAACAAAUAUUCUUUCUGCCAACACUUCAUUGUUUGCAUGCACGGUAGGGCAAAAGCCCAGCAAAGCUAAAUAUUAUUUGGAUGACGCAAGCGAAGUGAUAUGCAUGCUUGAGUCACUUGCUGAAGCCUCUGAUUCUGGACCAUCCUCUGAAGAAGAAACUCAGGUCUCCCCUUGAAGGCUGUCAGGUUUCUUCUUAUACAAGUUGGAUUCCAAUCUUCAACAGAACAUAAAUUCUAGAGUUGUUGGAGGCUUUACACAUCUGGGGUGGUGGGUGAGGUUACAGGGUUAUUAUAGUUUUUCCUUUGCUGUUCUUUGUUCCCUUCCCUUGCUCUUAUUUAUUUUCUUUCUCUUCCUUUAUAGUUCAAUUUUUUUUUUUUUUUUUACUUUUCCUGAUAAUUUAGUUUCUGACAAAAGGGAAAGAACUGUAGUUUGUUCUCCAUGAAGCAAAUUUAGAAGAAGUGGAAGAGGAAGUGAACCUGAAAAGUCUGUUGGAAGAGAUUCUUAGGCCUACUGUUUUGCUUUCCCAAUUCUGACAGUGAAAAAUACUGGUGGCAUGGAGUAUACAGUGGGAAUAACAGAGGCAGCUCAUGAUCUGAGUAUUAAAAUUUGGUCAACAUCAGUUCUUAUCCCGGUUGAAGUGAAAAGUGAUCAACAACUUUUUUAAAGUUUUCAAACUUUCAUCCAAAUACUUGUAAUUUUACACAGGAAAAUUGUUGAAACUGGUUGAAAUCUUGAAUGAAUCAAAAUUCAAACUGAAAA